UAAAACCGCGGUUUGGAUAAAAUAAUUUCAUUGGAAAAACGUGAAAAAGAGCAGUUUGAUAUUAUUUUAACAUUAUAGGCCUAACAUUUAACAACCAUACCAUGGCUUAUGAAUUCAACUCCGUUAGAAAACUUCACGUAAAGGCAUAUCUGCUAAGUGCCGUUGAAAGUGAUGACAGUGACACUGUGAAUUUGAAAGCAACACUUAACGCUCCACAGGAAAUUCGCUACCUACCAUUCGCCAAAGAAAAACUAGAUCUGAACUAUGAUGAGUUGCAAUCUGAAUUAAAAAAUGCCUUCUUCGAGUCAGCCAGGCGCUUCUAUAGUGGGGCUCGAUAUCACCGGCUGUUCUGGAAAGAUGAUGAAGGUGAUCUUGUUUCAUUCUCAAACGACUCGGAGUUAUCCAAAGCAAUUGAGAUGGGCACAAAGAAUGAUGUCUUCCACGUGUACUUUCAGCCUGUAUUAACCACGCGGGAGGAAAACGGGGGAGGUUUCUGCGUUAUACUGUAGCAAUAUCACUUGAAUAAAAUCAUAACGAAAUCAAAAUCAUUAGAACUGCAACUUUACUAAUGUAUGUGGAAUAGCCCACAUGUGUAUUUUCAUUAAAAUGUAUUCGAGCA